GUAACAAUUUUGUGGCGACCAAAUACAGUCAAAUGGCCAUGAACAACAUUUCACAGUUGAAGUUCAUAAUCUCCAUCUUCAUCCUCAUCUCCAUCCUCACUCCACAAGCUUAUUCACAGUCCAAUGAAUGUCAGACGGUAUCCAACAAUUCCUGCAACAACAAGGCAAGGGCUUUGCCCCUCAAGAUCAUUGCCAUUGUGUCCAUUCUCAUCACCAGCAUGAUUGGAGUUUGUUUACCCCUUUUUACCCGUUCAAUCAAAGCCCUGCAUCCUGAUCGAAGCCUGUUCGUGAUCGUUAAGUCCUUCGCGGCCGGAAUCAUCCUUGCCACCGGAUUCAUGCACGUGUUGCCGGAUUCGUUUGACAUGUUAUGGUCUGAUUGCUUGGAAAACAAUCCAUGGCACAAGUUUCCUUUCACAGGCUUUGUUGCCAUGUUGUCUGCAAUUGUGACUUUAAUGGUGGAUUCCUUGGCUACUAGCCUGUAUAGCAAGAAAUGUAACAAGGAAAUUAUCCCUGAACAUGGUGAUAUGCCUGUUGAGGGAGAUCAAGAGAUGGCUGUAAUGGAUGCUUCUCAUUUUCAUGUCCAGCAUCAUCAUGGUUUCAAGGCAGAUGGAGUUGACUCGCAACUUCUUCGUUAUCGCGUCGUUGCCAUGGUGUUGGAAUUGGGAAUAGUUGUUCAUUCAGUGGUAAUAGGGCUUUCACUUGGAGCUUCAAAUAAUACUUGCUCAAUAAAAGGUCUUGUUGCUGCCCUUUGCUUCCAUCAAAUGUUUGAAGGCAUGGGACUUGGAGGUUGCAUUCUACAGGCUGAGUACAAGUUCCUAAAGAAGGCAAUCAUGGUGUUCUUCUUCUCUGUAACAACACCAUUUGGAAUUGCUCUUGGUUUAGCCAUGUCAAGCACAUACAAAGAAAACAGUCCGAGUGCAUUGAUCACCGUUGGAUUGCUGAAUGCAUCAUCAGCUGGGCUUUUGAUAUACAUGGCUUUGGUUGAUCUUCUAGCUGCAGAUUUCAUGGGUGCCAAGUUACAAGGUAGCAUUAAGCUUCAGAUUAAAUCUUAUAUUGCUGUUCUUUUAGGUGCUGGUGGAAUGUCUGUCAUGGCCAAAUGGGCUUGAGACUUGAGACAUGAUGGCGAUGAUGAUGAAAAAUCUAAUUCCAAAUCAUCAUGUAUAAAAAAUUAAAUAUUGUAAUAAAAUCCCCUUUUCUAUAAAACCUAUCACAAAAUUUAUCACAUCAUAUGGAUCUAUCCAUAUAUGUGGUGUAAAUUUUACAUAGGUUUGUAAAAUAGGCUUCUAUAAUCCAGGACUAUCUUCUUCUUUUUUUUCUUUUUUUUUUUAAACUAAUAUGAAAAGUAGCCAAUUUGUACC